UCCAGGAAAAGCUCUUUUUUUCUUCCUCUCCUUUUGUUUUAUGGACCUUUCUCUCUUUGCUGUAUAUGUUAUUGUUGCCUAUGGAACUUUCGUCAGGUGUGAAUAGACUAUGAUUAGCCAUCUAUUCUUGGAACAGUUUGUUUCCGAUGCUUUCAUUUCUUUGAGAUUGUUCGCCAUUUUUGCAUUUGAGAUGCGCAUUUUGCUAGUCAUUGAUUGUUCCACUACAUAGAAUCUGCAUUUCCCGAUCCUUGUGCAAUUUGGGAAAUGGCACAAUCAAGAAGCUCAUUUUCUCUCCCAAAGAGCACUAGCAACAAAGCAAACAGAAAAUGGUCAAAACUCGUUCUCAGCGGAUCAAGCGGAUGAGUGCCGUAGAUGCAAUUGACGUGCGGUCUCGGGUCUCUGUCAAAUCUAUCCGGUAUUGUAAGAAAAUUAGCAAGUACCUUGCAGAGCUGCAGUUAGCUGAAUCAAGAAAGAAUCCAUCAUUCAUAGUAUGUCAUACUAUGGAGACAACAAUGAAGUUGUAUUCGAUGGAUGCAAGGAGUUUUAGACAUUCCCUCCUCAACACUGUUGAUCCAUCUCAAAGAAGCCAUGACGAGUCCAUGUACAUGAUCUCAACCUAUAACGGAAUCAUUUGCUGCGUGAAUACGAUUUGUGAUGAAGACGUAGAAAACAAGUUUUGUGAUCUGCAGAUAUGGAUAUGCAACCCUUGUACGAGGGAAACUCUCCUUCUUUCCCAAGGGAGACCCUCAUUUGGGAUUGAGCCAAGUGUUGGAGUGGCUUAUGGCUCCGACAUUAGUGACUAUAGAAUUUUCCGUAUAUACUGCGUUAGAAAGGAAAUUCCUAAAGAAAAGGUAACUGCAAAGGGAUAUUAUUUUCGAGAAGGUCAAGUUGUUUACGCUUUAGCAUAUGAAUGUGAGGUGUAUUCGUCCAGCAAUGGUUCUUGGAAAAACAUCGGCUAUGUGCCUUGUGUUCCUAUGCGUUCUGGUCUUAGGCCAUACAUAACUGGUCAUAUUUUUGUUGGAGGUACAAUAUACUGGCUGGUAUCUUUAGAUGAGCCAGGUGAAAUCCUCUCAGUGGAUUUGGAAGGGAGAUUUGAGGUUAUAAACUUGCCUGAGCAUUCAGAUGGUCUAAAGGGUGAAGACAAGAUCACAGAGGCAACCCAUCUGCUCAUUUUUCAAGGAUCUCUCGCAUUGCUUGUACUACAUCUAGGCGAGAUGGAUAUUUGGGUUUGGAAAGACGAAGGUGAGAAAUAUAGCUGGGACCUUGUACUGACGAUUGAUACUCCAAUCAGAGAUGAAGAACUGGUUUUAUCUGUAACUUCAUUAAAGAACAAGCUCGUAUGUGUGAAUGAGACACACUGGCGUAUAUAUGAUGUGGAGACUAAAAUCUGGAGGAAGAGAAGGGGCCCUCGUACUGGAUUUGUGAAUCCUGCUGUUUUCCCAUUCACCGAAAGCAUUCUUCCAUGUAAUGGUGGUGUAGGACAAGUAGAAGGAAACAGCAAGAGUAUCUGAUGCAGAGAUUGUUGAAUUGGAAGGCUAUGUGUUUCUCUCUCAGGAGCUGUCAUAUUGGUUUGGGGUUUAAUACUUUUUUGUUUGUCUCUUUUUUUCCUCUUCCUUUUCUUUAAACUUGGUUUUAUACAGUUCCUUACUUAAAGCUUCAUUGAUACUAAUGAUAAGCCGUGGGUGCUGUCUCUAAACAAAGUUUUAUUUGCUAUAUAUGGUAUGGCUCA